GGCGCGCAAGUUCAAGUAAUAACAAAAUCAGCUGUUCCCCAAUGGCGGCUUCACUAUUUAUAGUUAAAUAGUGGGGGGUUUACCGCUUCGUCGUUAUAAAUUGUACUUUAUAACCGUUAAAUUUAUAUUUUAUACCUUUUUAGCAGUUUCAGAAAAAAGAAAGUAAUAGUAAGAGUGAUACACGAUGAAUGAUUCAUUUUUAGAAGAUUUAGAUUUAUUGCCAAGCGAGAAAAGAAGUUCUGUAGAAAGUUCAAUAGAUCGACAUGUAACUAUUAGACACACAACGUCUUCCCCUUUACAACGUUCAUCGGAACAAGAUGAUUUUGAAAAGCUUAUAGUACAACAAAAAACUGAAAGUGUCUCGACUAAGGUAUCAAAAUUGCCACAGAUUCGGGAAUCUAAUAAAAAAGAAUUACCUAACAGAGAUGUCAAAAAUGUAACUGAACAUGACAUACGAAAACAAAUGGUUAAAGUUAAAUCCUCAGAGAGAAAAGAAAAAGUUGUUGAAAAUAAAUUAAAGUCAAUGGAAAAUAAAUAUAAAUCGGACUGUAAAGAAAAAGAUAUUAAGCAAGAAACAAAAGUUAAAACAUCAGAUAAUAAGAUUAUUAUCAAAGAUUAUAAUCGUCGGUCUGGUAGUUAUAAAGAUAAUACUCGUUCCUUGGAUAGUUCCAGUAAAGAAAACAGUCGUCCAUCAGAUCCUUCGAAAGUAAUCACUCCUCACGUGGACAUAACGAAGGAAAGAGGAGGACGUGCGUGUGAAGGUUCUGCAAAGAAAUCAGAGACAAAGGAAUAUGAUCCAGUUAUAUUACUUAAUGCAAUUAAAGAUCUUAUAAGCACUUAUACCAAACAAGAAAGCACAAAGUUAUUAAGAGCAAUGCAAGAGAUUCAUAUACAUUCACAAAAAACUUAUAUCAAAAGUAUGUUGUCGCAAACCGAUGAGAUAAUUAAAGAAAUACAUCCUACUAGAGAUUCAACUCGUAUGAAAGCUCUAAUAGAAGAAAAUGAACAGUUACAAGAGGAUUUAAUUAUUUUACAAAAACGUUAUAAUGACUUACUUAAGAAAUUAAGUGAUUUAGAGCUUCUUAAAGAGGAAAACACGGCUUUGAAAUUGAAAUGUAAAGAAUUAUCUAUGGAACAACAAUGAAUAUUGAAACAAACUUUCAGGCUUCACAAAAGAAAUGUCAUUUAACAAUUAUAUAACUUUAUAACUAAUCUAUGCUUUGCCAAUGAAUUGUUAACAAAUCUUUGCCAAAUGGUGAUAUUCUAAACUUUUAAUUGUUAAUUUGUAAGUAGGAGUAUAUAUUUGAAGUUAUCUAUAACAAAUGGAAUAAACUGUGCCUAUUCAUAGGAUAUUAACUCAAUUGUUAAUCGUAGAAUUAGGUAUAUUAUCACAAAAAUAAUUUAUUUUAAUAUCAUUCCAUUACUUACUUAUAAUGUAAUCCAUUGUUAGCAGUCACAUUUAUGCAUUAUUAUCUUACUAAAUAAAUAUACAAGCAUUAUAUUGUUAAAUCAAUAUACUAUGUAUAAUGUUGCUUUGCGCACAAGACCAAUGAUAAUGCAUUAAAAAUAUGUUGAA